GGAUGGAUACUUAACUUUGAGAAACUCCAACCUGUAGAUUGCUUCGGUGGCCUUCAAUUUCUAGUUUAAAUAUGAUGAUAAGUUAUGUCUUUCGAAGACCUCCUAGUGUCUCCACUUAGUAUAUCCCCUCCUUCCCUCUUCACUCUCACACAAAUAGAAUACAACUUAGAAAAGAAAAAUGAGACUCCCUGCUUCAGCUCCUCAGGACCUACACAGCCCAGAAAUGAUGAGACUUGGCCGCAUCACAGCCUCGGAUCUGUCUCCUUGGGACAGCCUCGUGCUGAGCCCUCAGGACCAGUGUUUCUCCCGAGGAAGCCACAACCUCCUCUCAGGAGGACUGGAAUGAGAUUGACCCCAUUAAAAAGAAAGACCUUCAUCACAGCGAUGGAGAAGAGAAAGCACAGAGCAUGGAGACCCUCCCUCCAGGGAAAGUCCGGUGGCCAGACUUUAACCAGGAAGCUUACGUUGGAGGGACGAUGGUCCGUUCCGGGCAGGACCCUUAUGCGCGAAACAAGUUCAACCAGGUGGAGAGUGACAAGCUGCGAAUGGACAGGGCCAUCCCUGACACCCGGCACGACCAGUGUCAGCGCAAGCAGUGGCGGGUAGACCUGCCGGCCACCAGCGUGGUGAUCACGUUUCACAAUGAAGCCAGGUCGGCUCUGCUGAGGACGGUGGUCAGUGUGCUUAAGAAAAGUCCACCCCACCUCAUAAAAGAAAUCAUCUUGGUGGAUGACUACAGCAACGAUCCUGAGGACGGGGCUCUCUUGGGAAAAAUUGAGAAAGUGCGAGUUCUUAGAAAUGAUCGGCGAGAAGGCCUGAUGCGCUCGCGAGUCCGCGGGGCCGAUGCCGCCCAAGCCAAGGUCCUGACCUUCCUGGACAGCCACUGUGAGUGCAACGAGCACUGGCUGGAGCCGCUCCUGGAGAGGGUGGCAGAGGACAGGACUCGGGUCGUGUCUCCCAUCAUCGACGUCAUUAACAUGGACAACUUCCAGUACGUGGGGGCGUCUGCCGACCUGAAGGGCGGUUUUGAUUGGAACUUGGUGUUCAAGUGGGAUUACAUGACACCUGAACAGAGAAGGUCCCGGCAAGGAAACCCCGUUGCCCCCAUAAAAACACCCAUGAUCGCCGGUGGGCUGUUCGUGAUGGACAAGUUCUACUUCGAGGAGCUGGGGAAGUACGACAUGAUGAUGGACGUGUGGGGUGGAGAGAACCUGGAGAUCUCGUUCCGCGUGUGGCAGUGCGGUGGCAGCCUGGAGAUCAUCCCGUGUAGCCGCGUGGGACACGUGUUCCGGAAGCAGCACCCCUACACGUUCCCGGGCGGCAGCGGCACCGUCUUCGCGCGCAACACCCGCCGGGCGGCAGAGGUCUGGAUGGACGAAUACAAAAAUUUCUAUUACGCAGCCGUGCCUUCCGCCAGAAAUGUUCCUUACGGGAAUAUUCAGAGCAGACUGGAGCUUCGGAAGAAACUCAGCUGCAAGCCUUUCAAGUGGUACCUUGAAAACGUCUAUCCGGAAUUAAGGGUCCCAGACCAUCAGGAUAUCGCGUUUGGAGCCUUGCAGCAGGGGACCAACUGCCUCGACACUUUAGGACACUUUGCUGACGGUGUUGUUGGGGUCUACGAGUGUCACAAUGCUGGGGGAAACCAGGAGUGGGCCUUGACGAAGGAGAAGUCGGUGAAGCACAUGGACUUGUGCCUUACUGUGGUGGACAGGGCGCCUGGCUCUCUUAUAAAGCUGCAGGGCUGCCGGGAAAAUGACAGCAGACAGAAAUGGGAACAGAUCGAAGGCAAUUCUAAGCUGCGGCACGUGGGCAGCAACCUGUGCCUGGACAGCCGCACAGCCAAGAACGGCGGCCUGAGCGUGGAGGUGUGCAGCCCGGCCCUGUCGCAGCAGUGGAAGUUCUCGCUCAACCUGCAGCAGUAGGAGGGCCCGGGGUGGGGGGCCCCUGCCGUCCCGCCGCCUGCACCAGCGGGCUGAGUCUGCCGAUCACAUUCUUGAUUACGUUUCUUAAACUUUCCGCGAAACUAUAUACCUCAGUAUUCCAUCACGGUCCGCGAGUCGGAGGACUCAGCCGAGCCCCCUGGGAGGACUGCGCAGACACAGCCGCGGCCGGCAGAGGGCUGCUCUUCUCGCCCUCGCCCGGGGUGCAGCCAGGCCCCCUCCCUGCCCGGCCGCUGAGGAACAGCCCAGCAACCAGCAGCGUGCGGAGAGAAGCAGCCGGACACGGCCGGGUCGGCUGCAGGACAGGGAGGGCGAAGGGGGCGCUGCUGGUGCCCACCCCACCCGCCACGGCCAGGAGAGCGCUUUCGAAAUCCCCGUCUCCGACCCCGUCUUUCACUCCGCAGGGCUGAGUCCCGUCGUUGUGCAGGUCCCUGCCGUCCUCCCCUGUGCCCAGCGGUCUUCCCAGCCCAGGCCACCCCCCUACCCAGCCACCCCCUCCACGAUGUUCUUGCUGUGUUUGAGUAUGAACGCACCUGUGAUGGGACGCUGGACGGAAGCGCACAGGUGGCUCACCCACAGAGGAGCCGGCGGCCAGGAUGGAAGCCUGUGGGUGCUACUGUGCUGCGGGGCCUCCCCCCCAACCCCACCGCCACCAGCUCCGGCCCGCCGGCCUCUGUGGCUUCCGCCUGGGAGCCACUGUCGUGUGUCAGAAUCCACUUGGCGUGUCAUUGCCAUCUGUACACCUGGAUGGGUUACUUAUCCUGACAAAUAUCACUUUGGGUCUUUUCAAAUUAUGCUUCUUUCCUCUAAGAAAAAUAAACACCCAACAUGAGUGGGAAGCAGGGAGCACCCCCACUGCUGUCUGGUGACAGGGCCGAUCGGUGACACCAGGCAGGUGUCGCACACCUCCGGGCCUGCCAAAAGACCAGCUCACAGCCCCCCACCCCCCGCCACGCCCUCCCCUCCCCGCUGGUGAAAGCGAGGCUGCAGGGGCUUCGGAUAAAGAAUUAGGGAAGGGGAAGAAGCAAGUGACACCUUGCAGCUUCAGGGCGUGAAACAGGAGCCCUCAUGGUCCUGUAUAAUGCACAGCACAGCUGUGAACCGGAAGUCCCAGCCAGGGGAGAAGCCGGCGUGUCUGCCAGGGUGCCCAGGCCGGCUCCCCAGAGCCACCCCCACGCCCCUAUCGGACGGCUCCAUCAUCAUCAUGCCCACAUCCUGGCCUUGCUUCCUCCUCCACUUCCCCCCUCCCCCCAACACACACACACACACACACACACACACACACACACACACACCCAGUCUCAAUGGGGCUGGCCAGGCCAGGCAGCCCUCUAGUUCCCGGGUGCAUCAUCAGCCACCCGGGGGUCACCAGUAGCCCCCGGAGAUGGCACUGGCGCCGCUCUCUUUUCUGAGGCCAGGGUCCAUUGGUCCUACCCUGUGCCACGGGAGCCCACAGUGGGGCCCGAAGCGAAGGCCUGGCUGGGGCACUGUCCCACACCUUCUCCCUGUUUGGCCCCUUGCUCAGCAGCCAGGUCCACCUUCAGAGCCAGGGCAGCCAGGAGCGUGAAGAACUGUGCACACUUCCGUCUUUGGAGCUUUCAGCCCCGGGACCCGUGCGAAGUUAUGGCAGACAGGCCUGGCACUGGUACGCCGGGCCCGGGCACCUGUGAGCUGCUCACUGCCGUUGGAGGGGAGAGCACGCCGAGGUUGCACCAACCUGGCCUGUGCUGUUGGAUCAGGGCUUCUGAAGAUGCAUCCUUUGGCCGUACACCCCUCCACAUGACCCAGAAAUCCUACCACCCUCGGUACUGUGGGGACGUCCGUGUCUACCCAGUGCCCUGGGCUGGCUGCGCCCCGGGCGGCUGGGGCGGCUUUGGAGGGAGCGGGCCUCCGCAGGAGCUAUGUUUACAUGACGCAGUGUGCCAAAGUGACUGACUGCGGCUGCCUGGUUUUCUCGUCAUCGGGACUGCCCCACUCGCCCACGCCCGUUUUUAAAAAACUUGCAAACUUCUUUGCUAAGAGCCGUCGGAGUAAAGCGUGACACAGUUCGCCGUCUUCUCUGUGGUCGUCCCACGUCCUCAUAAAAAGCCGGAAUGAUGGUACCUGCGAGUAUGUUUUGCAAAAUUCAAAAUAUAGUUUGGUAAUUUUUUUUUCCCAGUUGAUUUUUAAAACAAACUGCUGUACAGAGCUUGUACUUUGUCCAUUUUAUAGAUGGAAACCAUCCUUGACAAUUGUUUAACUUAAAUAAAGAGAAGAUACUUUAUAGAUAUUG